CCCUAGUGACAGCAGCGACAGGAAGCAGGCAGGCAUUCCCCAACCCCCAGCGCUAGGCCUGUUCCUGGAGGGGUGCACUGGACACUUUCCCGCAUAACUCCCAUCUCUGACCCCAUGGCGAAGUCCCCAGGGAACUCUACCCUGGAGGACAGUCUGGGGCAAUACCAGCGGAGUCUCCGGGAACGUGCCAAUAGAAGCCUUCACCAACUGAAAUGUGCCCUGAGAGAAGCUGAUGUCAAUGUGGAAGAAGAUGCUCUGGAUCCUUCCCCCAGCGUCAAUGUAGAAAAUGAGGACACCGGGGUGGCCUGGCAUGAGCUGCAGCACAGCCAUGCUGUCAAUCAACUCAAAGCUUUAUUGCGCCAACAAGCAAGUAAGGACAAUGAGAUGUCUCCACCGCAAAGACGAAAGAUGUCCCCUGUGCGGCCAGAAUGUGAGGACAAUAGCAUGCCUACUGUGCACAACCUCGUUCCUAUCAUUAAUGACCAGUCUCAGUACAUUCAUCAUUUAGAAGCGGAAGUUAAAUUCUGCAAGGAUGAAUUAUCUGGAAUGAAAAAUAGGGUGCAAGUGGUUGUGCUGGAGAAUGAAAGGCUCCAGCAAGAACUGAAAUCUCAAAGGCAGGAGGAGACACUGAGGGAGCAAACACUCCUGGAUGCAUCUGGAAACAUUCAGGAUUCUUGGAUGAAGACAGGAGAAGAUUCUAGGGUGGAUGAAGCUGCAAAGAGACCAUUUUCUCACGGUGAUGCUGAAACCGGCAAAACCACAUCCACUGGUGAUGCUGAAAAGUGGAAACUAGAGCUGGAGAGGCUGAAACUCACAUAUGAGGCGAAGAGUGACCUUCUGGAGUCUCAGUUGAUGCUUCUGAGGAAAGACUUAGUUGAAUAUCAGAAAAACUGUGAGGACCUCAAGGAAAGACUGAAGCAUAAAGAGUCUCUUCUGGCUGCUAGUGCAUCCAGCCGUGUGGGUGGCCUCUGUUUGAAAUGUGCUCAGCAUGAGGCUGUUCUUUCCCAGACCCAUAGCAACGUGCACAUCCAGACCAUUGAGACACUGACUAAAGAAAGGGACGACUUAAUAUCUGCGCUAGUUUCCGUGCGGAGCAGCUUGGCCGAAGUGCAGCAGAGAGAGACGAGUGCCUAUAAGCAGGUCAAGCAUGCUGUGCAGAUGACCGAAGAAGCCAACUUUGAAAAGACCAAGGCUUUGAUCCAGUGUGAGCAGCUGAAGAGUGAACUGGAGAGGCAGACAGAAAGACUGGAAAAGGAACUUGCCUCUCAGCAAGAGAAACGGGCUCUGGAGAAGGAGAUGAUAAAGAAAGAAGUAGCCAAGGAGAGGGAGGAUGCUGAGUCUAAGAUGUUGAUCCUGUCUCAGAAUAUUGCCAAGCUGGAGGCCCAGGUAGAAACGAUUACAAGGGAGAAAAUUUCAGCUGUCAGUCAACUAGAGGAAAUUCAGAACCAGCUUGCUUCUCAGGAAGUGGAUGUCACAAAGGUGUGUGGAGAAAUGCGCUUUCAGUUGAAUAAAACGAAAAUGGAGAAGGAUGAAGCAGAAAAGGAGCACAGAGAAUACAAAGCAAAAUCUCAAAAGGAUCUUGAAAUUAAAGAUCAGGAAAUAGAGAAACUGAGACUAGAACUGAGCGAGAGCAAGCAGCAUGUGGAACAGGAGCAGCAGAAGGCAGCUCAGGCCAGACAGGAGUGCCUGCAAGUAACAGAGCUGCUGGGCGAGUCUGAGCGCCAGCUGCACCUCACCAGACUGGAAAAAGAUAGCAUUCAGCAAAGCUUUAGCAACGAAGCAAAGACCCGAGCCCUUCAGGCCCAGCAGAGAGAGCAGGAGCUGACACAGAAGAUACAGCAAAUGGAGGCCCAGCACGACCAAACUGAAAAUGAACAGUACUCGUUGCUGACCUCCCAGAAUACAUUUCUGACAAAGCUAAAGGAAGAAUGCUGCAUAUUAGCCAAGAAGCUGGAGAAAAUCUCACACAAAAGCAGAUCGGAAAUAGUUCGCCUCAGUCAAGAGAAAAGAUAUGUGUGUGACAAGUUGGAGAAGUUACAGAAGAGAAAUGAUGAACUGGAGGAACAGUGCAUCCAACACGGGAGGGUUCAUGAGACGAUGCAGGAAAGUUACCCAGCAUGCCACAAUCUGAUUGCUGACCUGGAUGAAACAGAGUGAAAUAAAUGAUUUACAAAGAGAUAUUUACAUUCAUCUGAUUUGUACUUAAUGUGCCACAGUGCACCGAAACCUCCCCAGGGAGACACCACCUGGGACUGCAGGGGGGCUGGUCCUCAUGCCAUGGUUCUGUCCCUGGGCUACAGACAGGGAGUGCUUCAGCAUGAACUGGCUUGGGCUAGUUGGAGUGUGUGCUCAAAACAGCAUCAAGUCACUGAUUUAUGUUGUCUCUACUCUAGAGUACGUACGGGAUUAAUAAAAUGACCUCUCUAAAGACUUGAGUUGUUCUGUUUCCUUUUCAUUUUGUAGCAGUGACAAACAAAACACACAAAGGCACAUGUUUGAGUCAGCCAAAGUGCACUGAAGACCACUUCUGCUGCUGCCGGCCACUGUCCUCCCCUUUGUGAGACAGACUAUGUGUACCCUUAGCCAGCAUCCAGUAUUUACCAUUGAACUGUAUGUACUCAGGAAGCACUCUGCAUUAUCCUUUCCGUUCUCUGAACAACACAAAACAGCCCCCUCCCCCCAAAAAAAGGCAUCUUUGGCUCGAUGGUGUCAGAUUUUAGUCUUCAAUAGCAGUAUUUGAGAGGAGCCUAAAAACAAAUGUAUGUGAAAUUAGAAAAUUUACUUAACAGUAUAUCAAAUAUCUGUACACAGAUCAUAUUUUUAGUCUAAAAUAGUAUUUUUACUAUACAGUCAAGCCCUCAAAUGCUUUAAAGGAAUACAAAUGGACACUGGAAGGUCUGGGGUGUAGCUCAGUGGUAGAACAUUUGCCCAACAUGUGUGAGGCCCUGGGUUCCUUCCCCAGCACCACAAAAAAAAAAAAAAAAAAAAAAAAAAAAAAGCCUGGAUGCUGAGAUGGUCAUGGGGUCUGAGGGUGGAAUGAGACACUAAGGGCAAGCAAGGCUGUGUGGGACAAGCCCAACCUCAUCUCCUUUCCCAGCCAGCAAGCUAGCAGCCCAGGGCUCUCAGCAGAGGACUGGUUUCUCCAAGCUCAGCCCGCCCCUCACAAUCAUGCAGGCCAAGGAGGUGGUGGUGGUGACAGCACACAGGCCGUCCUCAUCUCCGGGGCAUGUCAAAGGUGCAAGCCUCAGACAGAACUCCUAUUGAGUCACAAGGUUCUGCUUUCAUCAAAUAUGCUAGACGUAAAGCUGUCACAUAUUUUAACUGUCCUCACUUCUAGUUUAUGUAUACCAUGAAUAAAUUAUACAAUAUUCUAAAAAUAGCACCUAUAAAGAGUUAUAGAGGUCACUUUAUUUCAGCCUUCUGGAUCUGUCAACCCCAGUUGAUUUUCAGGACAGCACAUGUAAGAAUGUCCCCAAAUUUGGCUGUGAGAAAUACACAUGCAUGUCUGAUAAACUGGUCCCAAAAGUCAUGCCUCUCUGCUGAAAUCACAAGAGCAAAGCCAAAUUCUACAAUUGUAGCUUAUGAGGUAAAAUCAGAAAUACGCCCCAUCCAAAAUGAGUCAAUGUAAUUCAGACAUUCUAGCCAUUGAUUACUCAUGCCUAAGUUAUAAACUGCCAUGAAGGGUUAAAGAUACACUUGCAAAGGUAGUGUGUGGAGCAGUAUGUUAUCAGGAAGACAUCAGUGAUACGCUACAUUCCUUGAGAAUCCUGGGUCCACACCAUUUCUUAGUAAGACCUUUAGGGUCUGCACCAUAUUCUGUCUCUGGCAUCCUAGCAGAUGGGCCUUGAAGCCUAGUGCUCUGGCCAGUGACUCCACUCCUAGCCCUUCAUCAGUUUGUAUGAGCAUGCUAUUGGCAUUUUGCUUAUGUAAAAAUAACCCCUUAGGUGUUUUUAAUCUAAGAGGAAUUUACCUAUUUUCCUGUCACACCGUCAUACAGGGUUGUUUAAUUCCAGCUGUGGCCAUAAUCAUUUUUUUCCAGAAAAGAACAAAAUGUCGUUUUCUGAAGUUCCAGAGCCAUAUCCAACAACAACAACAGAGAAGCAGCAGAUUGACACAGGGCUUUAUUUAAGCUGUCUGGACGAAGGAAGGAAUGUGUGUCCCUGCCAGGUGCCUGUGAAAUACUAAGGGUGUACAGUGUACAGAGCCAGUUUUUUGUAGUUAUUUUAUACCCUAUGGGUCAGAUAUGUAAGGAAAGGGACGUCUGUAGUAUGACCAGCAGUGACAAUGAUACAGCAUCUAAGUUCAUAGCUGUGUCUGUUCCACACCCUUAACCAGAUGACCAGAUCUUGCAUGGAUCUAGCAGAACUAGGAAGUUAAAAGAGGUCACAAACUACAAGUCUACAGGGAGGUGACUCGAUGACCAAUUCAGAGGCUUCUUUUUAUUUCAAUAAAUACUUUACAUUUCAUGCUUGCCUGUAAUGCACUGCCAGGAGCAAGCUAAGGGAACUGUGAUGUGGACAGUACAGACAGUAGCAGCAAAGUGUGUACACUGAGGUGUGGUAGAGACCCUGCAGUCAGUGAGGAAAGGAGAAGCAUGUGGUCCCUGUGAGAACAGUCAGCUCAGAGAAGCUCGAGGUUAGGUGUGAGAAAUGGAAACAAUACUGGAAUAAUGCUAUGUCAGAAAGCAAAGCUGUGAGCAACCCAGCCAGCAGUCUGAGCAGAAGUGGCCAGUUUCCUCCAAGACAGCCCUACAUGACCACAAGAGGUCAAGCUGGAGUUGGGAGGAGCUGGAGUCACAAAGCCAGGACUGCAUCUGGACAUAAUGAUUCCAGGGUACAGGCCACUUCAGUGGCCUGAACCCCAAGCUUAGGUACAGGAAUCUCUUCCCCACACCUCUUCUGUUCGACUUCUGCCAUUUAACUGACAUCUGGGAUCGCAAGGGAAAAAAGUCUGGAAAUCAAAGCCAAGAAUAUGCCUGCUGUGACACUCAGGGAGCCUUGGGAUGGAAAGAGAAAG